GCAGAACUGAUUGCUGUUCAAGCUGAUCUACUUGCAGCUCGAAGUGAUCUCGCUGAUCUUAAAGCGAAGCAUACCCAUCUUAUAGACAGUUUUAUUCAUGCAGUGACCGACACCGAGUCUAACGAAGCCCUAGCUGCCGCCCUCACUGCUCCUCUCGACCAGCUCUGUCCUCCGAGUCCUGAGGAUUCUUUAGCCACCUCCAGCGACGCCACUGCAUUUCCAAACGCCAGUUCUACGGCCUUACCUACCGAUAGCCCUCCAUCUAAUCCUAUGCGUGCUGUCAGACUCCUGACUUGUUUGGCUGGACAGCUUAUAUCUGCGAAGCUGCGGCUUGAUGGACAAACAGAAAGCUUACUCAGAAUGACCCUUAUUGAGUCACAGCUGACUAAAGCAAAAGCGGCAAAUGCAGAAUUGCAGGCUAGGCUCCAACAUCAACAGUCGUCAGCCAUGCCAACAGCGCUAUCACUGGCGGGAUCUAGUGAGAGCGCUGUUUCACAUGCAUUUACUUGCCCUACUUGUUAUUAA